GGCCGCCCCGCCCUGUCCUCCGCCGGGCCGCCUCCCACGGCUGCGAGACCGUGCCCACCCUGAGCGUUCCCCAGGUCUCCCCGAGUCUUGUGUCCGGGAGCCGGUGACCUUCAGUCCGCCUCCCUGCGUUGCUUCUUCUCCUUUGCACCUGAGCCGGUAGCCGUUGCCAUUGUAAUGAAAGCUCCUCUUCCCCACCCCCCACUAGCCCAAAGAAUGCAGAUCAGGGAUUGUUGGGCUUUGAUUAGGUCAUUUAUUCGAAGCUAGGAACACCGUAUUUUAAAGUGUGAUAGAUAUAGAAGAAGUUAUGAAAAUUUUCAGAGAUAGCAUCGCAGACAUUUUCUUAGUCUCUAAAAAAUGUUAUUUUUGAAGAUGGAGUAUAGCAUUUUAGCCUUUUAGAGUAUGCAUUUUUAAUGCUAGGAAUAUGAAUUUGACUUUUAAAGUAUAUGUUAGCCCCAUUUCCUUUUCAAGUGCUGCUGUGCUGUUUUAACUAAUAAACUAUUUCUAGGCAACUGAUUUGUAACACUUCCCAGAAUAGGAAUACUAAAACUAGAGUAUUUUUAGGCCAGGAGUUACCCAAUUCCAUACAAAAUGUAAGAAAGGGAUGAGAUAAGAAAUAAUUAGAAUACAGGGGCUGAGAGAGGUGUCCAUUAACUGCUGUCUGUCAUUUUUCUCUAAUUGACUUUGCUUUUGAGGAUUCCUGGGAAGUAGGGGAAGUCAGCUGUCAACCGUCUACCUGGCUUUGCUUAGUUAUAUGACUUAGUGCGUUUUGAGUCGAUCUUUCUUCUGGAAGUCAGAAGUCCUAAACUAGUCGUAUGGGGCUAAAAUCAAGGUAUCUGCAGGGCCGUGUUCCGUCUGAGGCGCUUGUAGAUUUUCAGUGGAAACUGGGUAUGGCUGUGAGCUCAGACACUUGCAGAUCUCUUAAGUAUCCUUAUGUUGCAGUGAUGCUAAAAGUGGCAGAUCAUUCAGGCCAAGUAAAGACCAAGUGCUUUGAAAUGACGAUUCCACAGUUUCAGCCUCAGCACCUGGCAACCUCCAGUCUCCUUUCUGCUUCUGUGAGUUUGACUUUCUUAGAUUCCACAAUUUCUACAGACAGUUCAAGGAAAUUGCUGCAGUUAUUGAAACGGUGUGAAGACGGAUUCUUUGGUUGAUAAACUGCUAUCAUUCUAAAGUCAUGAACUUCACUUUCUGCAACAAAACCACAUGAGGAGGGAACAUUUAUUGAAUGAAAAAUGCACUUUUGGUUUUCCGUUUUUUUAAAUAAUAAAAAUCAGAUAAACAGGAA